CAGCGAGGUGCGUUAACGACGCUUUCAGAAUGUCACAUUCGAACCAAUUCCUACCCUUCGUUGAAAUCUCGCGUCCACCACAGGACAUGUGCCUGGAGAUCCUGCGGCCGGUUGGAGCCGGCGUCGUGCUUCUUGUCGGAGAAGGAGAUUUCUCGUUUUCGGCGUCGCUGGCCGAAGUGCUUGGGGGCAAGAAGAUUGUGGCAACGUGCUUCGAAGAAAACAACCCGGAUGUGGAGAACCGACAGACGAACAUGGCCACGAUUCGCCGCCUGGGGGGUUGCGUGUACACGGACGUGGACGCUCGGCGCCUCGACCAGCACCCAGACCUUGGGCGUUGUGCGAUCGAGUGCAUCGUCUUCAACUUUCCCCACACGGGCGGCAAGAUGAAGAUCGGGGAGAACCGGAGGCUUCUCAGGGAUUUCUUUGUCAGUGCAGGGCGGCUGCUGGGCACGGGGGGCCGGGUGCUGGUGACGCUGUGCCGGGGCCAGGGCGGCACGCCGGCUGAGGACCCACCCAGGCGCUUUGACGACACCUGGCAGGUGGUGCACAUGGCCGCCCACGGGGGCCUGCUGCUCCGCAGGGUGGAGCCCUUCCGGACAACCGACUUCCCGGCGUACUCGCCGGUCGGCUACAGGGGUGGCAAGAAGGCCUUCUGCACCGAGGGAGCGCUCGUGCACGUGUUUGAGGUGCGGAGCGUGCCCACCCUGGCGAGCGCAGAUUCCCCAGGCAUCCUGGAAAGGAGCUUCCUGGCCGAAGAACUAGGGUCGCGCCUCCACCUGGAGGGCCACCCCCUGCGGCUGGCACUGGACGCGCUAGAGGCCGCCCUGGGCCGCCACCUGGGACACCCGCCGCUACCCCGAGAGGCUGGCCAUCGUUCCGUUGGACCGCUCGCGACCUGCACGCUAACACUCCGGCCGAGCCCCGCGUUGUCGCCCCUCCAACCCCCCGAGGAGCACCUCCUGGUGAUCUGCGCCGUGGGAAUGUCUGCACGAGACGCCGUCGUUGCCGCACUGUCCGAGGCGUCUCCGCCCGAGGCCUCCUGGCACUGGGCCGACAAGGCGUACGGUCGGCUCGUGUGCGGAUCGCUGUGCGUGGCCACGUUGCGCUGCGGGGACGCAGUCUCGGACUGCGCCAAGGUGGUGGCCGAGAUAGGGCUGGAGCGCCUGGCGCUGGCGGCCUGCGGCCAAGCGGACUGGCGCCUGCUGCUGCACCCGGGGGACGCCCUGUUCCCGCCGGCCUACACGCACGACCUCAGCUUCUGGCUGCCCGAGCACUUCGAGGACUGCCUCUUUGCCCGGGUGGUUUCCAACCUGCUGGGCGACGUGCUAGAGAGCUUGGAGCUGGUGGACUGCUUCUCGGCUGAUGGGCGGAUGAGCCGCUGCUACCGCCUCGUCUAUCGGUCCCUGGAUCGGCCGCUGGGCCGGGAAGCCGCCCGGGACCUACAUUUGGCUCUGGGACCCGCCCUCCAGUGCCUCCUGGGCCUUCAAGUCCGCUGAUCCCCCCCGCGGUACUCCUUCGCCGCUCCCUCCCCGUUGCUCGACUGCCACGAUGUGAACGACCGAGACGGACAUGCCGGAACAAUAGUGAUGGGAAUGGACGAGUGUCUGCGAGACCCGGACACAGCUCUGGAGAGGCGAGUUCCUCAAAGUGCUCUACGGCUCCGAGACUGGGCAGUCCGACGCCUAAACCCCUUGUCACGACUGAUCGACGGUUCUACGAUUGCCAACCGAUCUGCUUGGUAUCCUCGCCAGUCGCCGCCUGGUGAGUUACCGGAGGGCGAGAGCCAUUUAACAAGGGAAGACUUCGAGUCCGACGGACAAAAGCCGGUCUUUGCCGGAGAGGGAGGGGUCCCAUUCGGCUUCGAAGCGGGUGGGUCCCCUACAAGGUCGACCUCUCCUCGGUCGGUGGAAAAUCGGUCCCUAUUCCUGCCCGCCACCCCCCACGGAUUAGUGGCCGAAGUUUCGUUCCGUGCUAGAUGCUAAUCUUCGGUCCGGAAGUCACCGGUGACUGCUCAGACAUUUUUACACCUUUGCUCCGAAAGUGCCUCGUGCCACCACCUCCAGGACGUCUGCCCGUUUGUGUGCGUGCUCAAAAAGGUGGGUGGAGCUGGGCAAUGGCUCGGCCAUAAAAGGGCAUAAAAAAGCGACCUUAUAAAAGCAAAUGAGCGUGAAUGGGCCAUCCGACUUUGUACUCUAUGUAAAUAAACGGCGUAUAUUUCAAGAGA